AUGGCAAAAAUCAACACCCAGCACUCAUACUCUGGUAUGCACAGACUGUCUAUCAGAACAACCGAUGAAGAUAUUGAAAGGAUUGAAAAUGGCUGGAACAGAACCCAUUCACUGUGUGAGGAUGCAUCUUCAGAACUGCAGGGGGUCAUUUCUGUGGAGGGAAGACAUCUGUCUGAAUCCCAGACGAGCUCAUUCACAGGCACGGGAGCAAUGGCAAGGCUAUCACGAUUUGUUGUAUCCGUGAGGUCAUGGGCCACAAGACAUUUGCAGCACGAAGACCAAAGACCUGAUUCUUUUCUCGAACGUAUCCGAGGGCCAGAGUUCGUAGAGGUGUCCAGUAGACAAAGUAACAUCCGCUCCUUUCUGGGUAUCCGUGAGCAGCCUGGGGGAGUAAACAGGAAGAAAAAAGAGAUCUUUGUGAUAGAUCCUUCAAGCAAUAUGUACUACAACUGGCUCACCAUAAUUGCAGCACCUGUGUUCUAUAACUGGUGUAUGCUAGUGUGCAGAGCCUGCUUUGAUGAGCUACAAGUUGACCAUAUUCAAUUAUGGCUGUUCAUGGAUUAUGGCUCUGAUGUCAUCUAUGUUCUUGACAUGUUUGUUAGAUUCAGGACAGGCUUCCUUGAACAAGGCUUGCUAGUUAAGGAUGAAAAGAAAUUACGAGAUCAUUAUACCAAAACCGUGCAGUUCAAACUGGAUGUGAUGUCUCUUCUGCCGACAGACCUGGCAUAUUUGAAGUUUGGUUUGAACUACCCUGAACUGCGAUUUAACCGCUUGCUGAGAAUUGCUCGGCUUUUUGAGUUUUUUGACCGUACAGAAACCAGGACAAAUUAUCCAAACAUGUUUCGUAUUGGCAAUCUUGUCUUAUACAUUCUUAUCAUCAUCCACUGGAAUGCGUGUAUAUACUUUGCGAUUUCAAAGGUCAUUGGAUUCGGGACCGACUCUUGGGUCUACCCCAACGUGUCUGUUCCAGAGUAUGCGCGCCUGUCUAGAAAGUACAUUUACAGCCUGUACUGGUCUACGCUCACACUGACGACCAUUGGAGAAACGCCUCCUCCGGUGAAAGACGAAGAGUAUCUCUUUGUGGUCAUUGACUUCCUGGUGGGUGUGCUCAUCUUCGCUACCAUCGUAGGUAACGUGGGCUCCAUGAUUUCCAACAUGAACGCCUCCAGGGCAGAGUUCCAGGCCAAGGUGGAUUCCAUUAAGCAGUACAUGCAUUUCCGAAAAGUGACAAAGGAUUUGGAAGCCAGGGUUAUCAAGUGGUUUGAUUACCUCUGGACCAACAAGAAAACAGUGGAUGAGAAGGAAGUUCUCAAAAACCUGCCCGACAAGCUGAAGGCUGAAAUUGCCAUCAAUGUUCAUUUGGACACGCUGAAGAAAGUGCGGAUAUUCCAGGACUGUGAAGCUGGACUUCUUAUUGAGCUCGUGCUAAAACUGAAACCUACGGUCUUCAGUCCUGGGGACUACAUUUGCAAAAAGGGAGAUAUCGGGAGAGAAAUGUACAUUAUUAAAGAGGGAAAAUUGGCUGUGGUGGCGGAUGAUGGCAUCACUCAAUUUGUAGUCCUAAGUGAUGGCAGCUACUUCGGUGAAAUCAGCAUCCUGAACAUCAAAGGCAGCAAAUCUGGCAACAGGAGGACAGCCAACAUAAGGAGUAUUGGUUAUUCUGAUUUGUUCUGCUUGUCUAAAGAUGAUUUAAUGGAAGCCCUCACAGAAUAUCCAGAAGCCAAAAAGGCUCUGGAAGAGAAAGGGCGACAAAUUCUGAUGAAAGACAAUUUAAUAGAUGAGGAAGCAGCAAAAGCAGGAGCUGACCCAAAAGACUUGGAAGAAAAAAUAGGAAAACUUGAAACAGCUCUGGAUACGCUGCAGACGAGGUUUGCUAGGCUCUUGGCAGAAUACACCUCAUCUCAACAGAAGGUGAAGCAGAGACUUGCCAGAGUAGAAACCCGAGUGAAAAAGUAUGGCAGUGGCACCUUAUCAGUUGGAGAAGCAGAGGCUGAAAAACCCGAGGAGGAGAAAAAGCAGUAA